GAGGCGAUGGCUACCGCUCGUCGCUGGCUAGAUGCGUGCAAGAACAAGCAUGCUCUUUGUGAACGCAACACAUACGGUCAGGAAGCUCCAAAGCGGAUUUUGGAGAUAGAUGGCGAACAUGUCAGACUCUGUGAGCGCUUCCAAUCAUGGCUUCCAUACGCUUGUUUGAGCCACUGCUGGGGCUCGCGUGGGCCAUUAAUGAAGUUGAAUUCUGGCACUUAUUCUACUUUAAGGGCUGGGGUCUUACUGGCCACGCUGCCUAAGACAUUCCGCGACGCAGCUUUUGUUUGCAGGCAUCUUGGCAUACGUUACAUCUGGAUUGAUGCACUAUGCAUCCUGCAAGACAGUGACGAAGACUGGGAAGAGGCUGCUGCUACAAUGGCAGGUACUUACGAGGGCGCAGAGAUAACGAUCGCAGCAACUUGGUCACAGGAUAGCGACAAUGGCUUGUUCUCACGAGAACGCACCGAUGCCCUGAUGACUGAUCGCGACUCUUGGCCUUUGCUAGAACGCGCAUGGGUCUUUCAGGAGCGAAAAAUGUCUUCGCGUGUCCUUCACUUCGGCAAAGAGCAGCUCUUCUGGGAGUGUGAUUCAGGCCGCGUCUCUGAGUGCUCCCAUUCUGACAACGAAUUCCGGAAUCUCGAACCUUCGGACGAGGACUUCAGGUCGCCUGAUGAUGAGGAUCCUGAAGAUGCAUGGAGGCGUGCAGUACAGCAGUACUCGACACUCAAGCUUACGUAUGAGAAAGAUCGUCUACCAGCAAUUUCAGCUUAUGCGAAAAGAAUGCAGCAGCUUCGCCAGGGCGAUGUCUAUAUCGCUGGUAUGUGGUUGGACAGCCUUCUGACAGACCUGAGCUGGUCGUUCACACUUAACUCUGGCGAAAAGUUGGAGCCUCGUCCAGACAGAAAAGAAGCCUUCACGCCAUCAUGGUCUUGGAUCUCAGUCUCGAAAGGGGUU